AGAACGUUUAGAAUCUCAUGAAGCUGUGUUCAAAAGCGGGCAUCACUAAAGUCGAAUUAAAUCAUCUUUAAUUAUUUACUUGGUUUGUCAGCAGGAUUUAUUAAUACGAUAACUGUUAGCAGUGAGAUUGAGUUUUCUUACCCGGACUCACUGUUGUCUCUGGAGCAGGGAUCCAUUGUCCGGACAGCGCCUGACUCAUUCAGUUGUGUACUUUGAGUUCACACGUAUACAGUGAAAGUGAUUGAGACCUUCAGUGAAGCUCUUCCUACAACAAUCCACCAAUAAAUGCUGGAGUCAAACACACAGAGAAAUCACUCCAUGUGUGACAACUGAAAUCUUCAUGACAUAAUGUUGGUGCCGGUGAAAGAGGAGCUUGAGAAGAUGACGGAUCCACAACCAUGCAGAAUAAAGGAUGAAGAUACUGAGGAACAAAUAGAUAUGAUGGAAGUGAAAGAGGAGAAUCAAGCUGAAGUGGAUGAGAAACAUCAGAUUGUAAAAAUAAACCAUAAUGUUUCACAGAAAGAAACUCUGAAGACAGAAGACAUAAAGUGUGAAAAUAGUUUCAGUGAAGAUGAACGCCCUGCAGAUCACAAGAGGACUCACAGUGAAAAGAAAUCUUACACAUGUCAACAGUGUGGAAAGAGUUUCAAAGUUGAAUCUACCCUUAAGAUACACACAAGAAUUCACACUGGAGAGAAACCUUACACAUGUCAGCUAUGCCGAAAGAGUUUCACCUUUCAAUCAGGCCUUAUACAGCACGUGAAAACUCACAGUGGGGAAAAGCCACACGCAUGCCAGUAUUGUGACAAGAGUUUUACAACUGCAGGUACACUUAAGAUACAUUUGAGAAUUCACACUGGAGAGAAACCUUACACGUGUCAACAGUGUGGAAAGAGUUUCUCAUUUAUACCGAGCCUUAAGAUGCAUGCAAGAAUUCACACUGGAGAGAAACCGUUCACAUGCCAUGAGUGUAAAAAAUGUUUCGGAAGUAAAAGUAACCUUGCAACACACAUGAAAAUUCACAAUGGAGAGAAACCUCACGUGUGUCUUCAGUGUGGAAAGAGUUUCAGUUUGGAGCAUCACCUUAAGAGACACAUGAUGAUUCACAGUGAAAAGAAACCUCAUGCAUGUCCUCAGUGUGAAAAGAGUUUCAUAGAGAAACGUGGACUUGAGACUCACAUGAGAAGUCACACUAGAGAGAGACCAUACGUGUGUCAACAGUGUGGAAAGAGUUUCAAGACAAAAACAAACCUUAAUGCACAUUUGAGAACAUUUGAAGACAUGGUGUCUUAAUGUAUAAAUUGAAAGCUAUGGGUUUUAGUGGACAAGCAUUGAAAUGGGUGUGCUCUUAUUUGGAGAAUAGAACACAAGUUAUGGAUAUUGGAGGCAAAAUGUCCAACAGGCAUGGAUUGUGGGGUACCUCAGGGAAGCAUUUUGGGUCCACUCUUCUUUUUGUUAUAUAUAAAUGACCUAAAGUCUGCAUGUUCAUGUAACCUUUUUUUUUAUGCAGAUGAUUCUGCUUUAGUUGUCUCUCAUAAAGAUAAAAAUAUGAUUGAAAGCAUACUCAGCGCAGAACUUCUUAAUGUUAGUAUGUGGAUGGCGGAUAACAGAUUAUCCCUUCAUUUAGAGAAAACGGAAUCUAUAUUAUUUGGAACAAAGAUAAAGUUAAAGAAAGCCUUAAGUUUUGAGGUUCGUGUUGAAGAAACAGUAAUUACUGCCAAGGAAUCAAUCAGUUACCUUGGAUGUAUGUUAGAUUGCCACAUGUCUGGGGUAGGUCAGGCUUUAAAGGUUAUCACCAAGGUAAACCAGAGAGCCCGCUAUAUGGCCAGAAUAUCAAAGUUUUUGGACGAAAGAACUAAGAUAAUUCUGGCAGGAGCGUUAAUACAGCCUUAUUUUGAUUAUGCGUGUGGCUCAUGGUACAAUGGUGUCACAAGCAACCUAAAACAUAGGCUUCAGACAUCUCAAAAUAAAUUAAUAAGGCUUAUUUUAGACCUCCCUAUAAGAACUCACCUGGAAACAUGCCACUUUGAAAGGGUGGGAUGGUUGAGAGUUGAGGAUAGAGUACAUCAGUUGCAGCUGGGUAUGAUACAUAAAAUUGUUUAUGGGGAUGUUCCCAAAUAUUUUAGAAAUUAUUUUAAUAAAGUAAAUGAAGUUCACAGGUAUUCCACAAGGGGUAGUGCAACAGAUUUUAUACCACCAAGAGUCAAGACCAAUUUGGGCAAACAGUCUUUUCUUUAUGUUGGAGCUACCCUUUGGAACGGGUUACCUAGUACACUUAAGACAGUUAGAAGCAUAGGCAGUUUUAAAAAGGGUUUGAAGGUGUGGCUUAGGUGCCAAACAUAGGUUUUAUGCUUUUAUUGUUUUUGUGGUAUAAUAUUAAAUGGUUGUGUUAAUGUAUGAUGAAAUGAUUGUUGUGAGAUCUGUUGCCACUUGUCCUUUGCCCUUAGGAACCACAAUGGAAAUAAGUCUUUCGGCUUUAUUGUGUUAUCCCUGACUAUUUAUGUAUUUUAAUGUAUGACUCGGAGUAUUGUUUCAUAUUUUUAUAUUUAAGUGGUCAAAUAAAAUCAAUCAACAUGCUGGCCACAGUUUCUCCAGCACUUGUCUGAGCACGAAGGAUUCCAUUUUGAAAUUAUCUGUGGAGUUUGGAAAAGUGUGGUUAUUAUCUUCCAUUUGAAUUCCCUCCAAUUAUUAGAGUUGGUCACAAGGUGUACCUCACUGCAAACUUCCUCCCAAGUUUCCAGAGGAACGGUUUCGUCCAUUUCUGCCUCCCAUUUCUUCUUUAUAUGUAAUGUAUUAUUUGGGUUUUUCAAUAGAAAUAAUAGAUAUACUCUAGAAAUUAUAUUUUUGAUUGCAUGUCCAUUUUGUAUUUCUUCUAUUUCUACUGGAGAGGGUUUUUUCACGAUUUUGUUGUAAGGAAAUUGUAAGUAUCUAAAAGAUUCAGGCCUUGGGAGUGUAAAUUCUUUUCUAAUCUGGUCAAAUGAUUUAAGUGUGUCAUUGUGAAAUAAUUGCGGAAGAUAAUUAAGUCCAUAUUGGGACCACUUUUUGAAACCCACAUCUGUCGAGAUGGUGGGAAGUCAUUGAGAUAUCCAAUACUUGCUGCUGAUGAAAUUUUAUUGGACAGACUACAUGAAGUUUGAUACUUGAUCAAAUGAUGUUGAUUUUUAAAAGUCAUAUAAGCAUCACGCAAUCAAAUGUGCUGCUACAUCAUGCGCUGGAGCGCGCAUGCAAAUUUUUGCAAACCUCCAUUUACCUGAAUAAAAAUCAUUUUUACUUUGAAAUUGAUGCGCUGUCUUUUUGAAAUGACAGUACACUGCAAAAAAGGAUUUUUAAGAAAACAUUUUUUUAGUAUUUUUGUCUUGUUUUCAGUAAAAAUAUCUAAAAAUUCUUAAAUUGAGAUGCUUUUUCUUCAUGCGCAAAACGACCCAAGAAAAUAAGUCUAGUUUUUAGACCAAAAAUAUCAAAUUUAAGUGAUGUUGUGCAUAAAACGAGCACAAAAAAACUCUGCCAAUAGGCUUCAAGCAAAAUUAGCCAUUUUAAAAACACAUCAAUGUAAAAACUCAGGUGAAGAUGUCGAUUUGUUGUCUCUUUUUAAAUCAUUAGUAGAAUACAGGGUAAAAAUUGAAUAUGCGUAUUACAAACAAGUGGAUAAUGUACCCUUUUUUAUGAUGAGGUGGGGUGUGAGAGAUGCAUUAGAGACAAUUGAUGAAUAUGAGAAUUUUUUGUUUGACUGAUGAAAUGGUAUUUAUUUUUCAAUUUUUUUGUACAUGAUUUUGUAAGGUAAAAAUGGUGUAAAUUAAAAGAGCUCUUAAAGUCUCUCUCUCUCUCUCUCUCUCUCUCUCUCUCUCUGUCUCUGUCUCUCUCUCUCUCUCUCUCUCUCAAAGGUGGAUAUAACAAUUCAAAGGGGGAAUUCACUUCCAGAAAUUCCAAAAUGUCACAAAUGCUGCAGUGAUUUUCACUACCAUCAAAGUGGUUCCCCCUAAAGCCACAUGUGACUGUCUACAUGGACAGUGAGCAGCAGUGCGCUUUUCCUUUUCAAUACCUCAAAGCUCUGCUUUAUACUCAACUGAACUUCAAGAAUGAAGUGGAGUUUAUUUGUAGUUUUCUUUUCCCUGAAGUAGACCCAAACAUGUUUGUCAAUUGGAUUGAUUCUAUUAUUGUCAUAUAUGCAAUGUUUUUAUAUAAAUUAAUUGAUGUAUUUAUGGACAGGCCAUCAUUCAUGGCCUACGUGAAAUGAAGGCAUUAUCCUGGCAGGAAACUGGGGAGGUGUUCCUCCGUGGCCUUUCUUAUCAUUCUAGGUAUGCUUGUAAUUUGCAUUUGCAAAAAAUGGUAUUUUUUAUUACACAAUAUUUUUGACAAAGGCAUUCAUCUUUAAUUGUAGUGAAGUCGAGAAAUUUGACAGCAGUGUCCAAAAGACUGAAACAAGAAGGAAAAUCACAUGCAGGAAGUAACUUACUUAUGCAUUUACAUUAUUUUACAUUUAUUCAUUUAGCAGAUGCUUUCAUCCAAAGUGACUUAUAAAUGAGGAGUUGUUUUUAAUGCAAUUGAAGAUGAAAAGUAAAGUCACUAACACAAGUCUUUUUUCC